AUGAGCUUCAACUCAAACUCCAACAGCAGCAGCAACAGGGCUAUCAUCUUUUGCAACUGCAGCAUCAGCACCAACAACAAUUUCAUCAUCAGCAGCAGCAGCAGUGAUGACAAGGAUGAUGAAAGUGAUGAUGAUGAUGAUGAUGAUGCAGCAGCUGCAGCUGCUUCUGUUUCUGCUGCUAAUGAUGACAAUAAGCAUGACGAUGAUGAUGAUGACGGUAGCAAUGACAGUGGCGCUGGUGUGUUGUUGGGCUGGCAGCAGGCGGCGUGUGAGCAGGCCAUCUUCCAGCUGCCACUCAGCCCCCACAUUGGCAGUGAGACACGCAACGUGGAGUUCAAGAGAGGGGGAGGUGAGUACCUGCGUUCAACCUUCCGCUCGCACCUGCGCCGCUAUGCGUGUGCUUUCCUGAACAGCGGCGGUGGGAUGCUGUUGGUGGGCGUGGAUGACGAGGGCGUUGUGCGUGGCCUGCACUGUGACCACCGGCAGGAGGACCGCGUCCGGCUGCUCGUCGACUCCGUGCUCAAGUUCUUCCAGCCGCCGCUGCUGCCCCACUGCUACAGCCUCAGCCUCCUCCCUGUGGUGCGCCCGGGCCCAGAGGGCCUCAACCUCAAGGUGUUGCGCCUGGCGCUGCAGCCCCCUCCGGCCCACACGCAGCUGGCCCUGUACCAGACGGACCUGGGCGAGGUGUACCUGCGGAGGGAUGGAAGCGUGGAGGGACCCCUCUCGGCCAGCGCCAUCCAGGAGUGGGCCAGACAGCGUUGGAGCGGGGAGGUGAUGCGCCUGCAGCACUGCAUCCAGAUGCUGCUGGCCGAGCAAGGGCUCCUCCUCCAGGAGAUGCGGCAGCAGAGCCUGACCAUCGCCGCCCUGCAGCGGGCACAGAUGCCCCCCACAGGUGCCCCCGCCGUCGCCUCAACUGCUCCCGCCCCGACUGCUCUUACCCCCAUCACCCAGGCCGCCUCGGCCCCACCGCCAGCGGCACCGCGCCUGGAGGGCCUCCGAGAUCGCCUGCUGAAGGGCAAGCUCAGCCGCAGGGUGAGUCUGGCGCAGACCCCCCCUCAGAGCCUCUCCGCUUGCCCGUCACAGAGCGACACCCCCAUUCUGGUGCGCACCACACCAGCAAGCUCCCAGGACCACCUGGCGGACGUGUCGGUCAGUGAGGGGGGGUCCGCCAGGCAGCUAAGGAGCUCGUGGCUGCCUCAGGGCUGUGAGGGGAUGUGGGGGUCCACGGAUGGUGGGGGGCCAGGGCCCCCGCAGUGCCAACGGGGAGCUGGCACAGAGCCAGGCGAGGGCACCCAGACGACAGUCUCCACCACCUGCACUAUCAUGUGAGAGGAGGAGGGGCCUGUUAUAUGGGAGAUGAGACUGGAAUGGAUUUUCACCAGGUGUGUGUGUGUGUGUGUGUGUGUAUGUGUGUGUGUGUGUGUGAGUGUGUGUAUGUAUGUGUGUGAG